CCGCCUCCUCUCACUACCUCCACCUCCACCUCCGCCACCCACCGCCCGCAGCGCCUCCUCCUCCUCUCCUCCUCCUCCUCCCCUCUCUCUCUUUUUUGGCAGCUGCUGGACGUCCGGUGUUGAUGGUGGCAGCAGCGGCAGCCUAAGCAGCAGCCCUCGGCGCGCGCCAGCUCUGCCAGCUCCGCCAGCUCUCGUCGCCCCUACCUUCUCCAGCCCUCUCCAUCCCGUCUCCCGAAAGGUGCUGGGCGGAUCCGGGGCGGCGGAGGGCGAGCGGCUGCAGAGGCGGUAGCGGCGGAGGCAGCGGUAGCGGCGGCGGGAGGCAGGAUGAGCGCACGCGGUGAAGGCGCCGGGCAGCCGUCCACUUCAGCCCAGGGACAACCUGCCGCCCCGGCGCCACAGAAGCGAGGACGCGGCCGACCCAGGAAGCAGCAGCAAGAGCCGACCUGUGAGCCCUCUCCUAAGAGACCCAGGGGAAGACCCAAAGGCAGCAAAAACAAGAGUCCUUCUAAAGCAGCGCAGAAGAAAGCAGAGGCCAUUGGAGAGAAGCGGCCAAGAGGCAGACCUAGAAAAUGGCCACAGCAAGUGGUCCAGAAGAAGCCUGCUCAGGAGGAAACUGAAGAGACAUCCUCGCAAGAGUCUGCCGAGGAGGAUUAGGGGACGCCUACAGUCGAUUUCUACCUCAGCAUCAGUUGGAUCUUGCGAAGGGAGAAGACACUGCAGUGACCACUUACUCUCUACUGCCGCGGUCU